AUGUCGGCCGAAAUGCCUGCGCAAUGUCUGCGCCGUACUCUGAACCGGUUGAACGGAGUCGGUUACAGCGAGUCUGUCACGCGUCCUUGGUCGCAAUUGAAGACCAGCUUCAGAAACGCAUACCCUGGUCUCGGCGUCGACGAGAACGACGACCGCGGCCCCGGUACCCACGUCGAUACAGAUGGAGACAAAGGGAACCACCGCCACCAGACUGCCGGAAGGUCUACGAACAGCGACAAUGGAAAAGAUACAGAUGGCCAGGAUGACGACCCGGCCCAUCGUACUCCCCCUCCCCCGUCUUCCUUUCGCGCUUGGGCUCUGGCAAACGUCCAUCGCCAAGUUCUCUGCCUCGCCGUUGCAGAAGAUUUCAAAACCCACCUAGCCAUGUCCACCAAAGACAAGAGGAUCAACCGCCUCAUACACCCCGACGCCUGGACGGACGUCAUUCAGCCUACGGACGGAAUCAGCGAUCCGCAGCCCGGCAGUCCUCCCUCUUCUCUUACUACUAUCGAGGUUCUUUCUGCUUCGCCCGGGAACGACGUCGCAAAGUCCAAGGCAAACGCCCGGCCAUCCUCCAUGAACGCAAACGUCUAUCCAGCACCGUCCAACGCCGAGGCUCCACAGCCCGGUCUCAUUGACGAUUCUGCGAAGCCUAUCGGACCUGCCGCUCCUCGGUCUGGUGUUGUCUCCCAAGGCAGUUUCCCGACACAACCUCCAAUCGAUCCCCCACUUCAAGGCAGCUUCUGCGGCGCAGAAGUUGCAGGAUUCAACCCCAAUAACCACUACGUCAACUCCAACCGCGAGAGAGACCCGGACUCCGUUUCUCAACAUACAGAUUCGCGUGACUUCGACCUUCCCGAAACACGGCAAGACGCUGAAUCCGAGGUGCGCUGUCUGGUCGAAUCCCCAGCUGUUUCCCGAGUCUUCAACAGUUCAGAGCAUCACGACAUGGAGAGCACCCAUUGUACUCGACUGGCCGAGUCGGACGAAGCCAGAAAUCUUCCUUCUGAAUGUUGCUCCGGCAAUGAUCGUGUCAUGGAAGGGUCUGCGGGUGAAAAUCUGCGCACUAAGACCACUCAGCCUCGUUACGUUGACAGCAAGCCCUACAUGAACCUUAAGCGAUCACAGGAGGCUUGCGAUGCGGAGAAAGAAGCUGGAAAGAAUGUCGGUUUCAUCUCCUCUCUCGUGGCGUCCGAAGACCCCCACACGUGGACUGAGAAGAAGAUCACGAGGCUUUCCCGGCAGGUUCAAGAGAAGGCUUUGAUCCUGUUUCCCGUGCAUGAAGAUAUGAAUCACUGGGUAUUGUAUACUUGGUUCGACGAAAAGAAAGUUCUUCGCCGGUACGAUAGCCUACGCUCCAAUCUCAGCCGGACUGCAUUGGAUAUUAAGUCUAAGACAGUGGUCGAUAUCAUUUGCGUCUUGCGACAUCUCUCGCCAGGAGAUGUUGAAAUUGUAGAAGAAUCUUGCCUGCAGCAGCAGAACAACUACGAUUGCGGUCUGUAUGCCCUGCACUCUGCCCACGACGUCGCCGGAGAAAAAGAUUGGGCCGCGCCCUCUCCUGACUCUGCUCUUCACCGCGUAUGGAUUGGUCAUGUUGCGGAUGUUUGGAAACUCCAGCAUCGAGACCGUCGCGAGGCUACCCUUGCCUUCCUGGCCGACAAUAUCUACAAGCUGCACACCCAGCACACUCAAUGUCUUCGUCGGACUGUCAAGAGCGCAGAGGAGUACGCGCAAUUACAGGAACAAAGGGAGCGCUUGGACAAAAUCAAGCAGGCUGCCGCUCUUGUGUCCGCGCAGUAUCACCCGUCUUUGCGAGGUCUCUUCACGAGCAGCGGCGCCGUGGCCAUGGACGGAUUUGCUUCUUCGGCUAAGGUAGCUAUGAGAGUGAUCAACGAUGUUCGGCUAACGGAGCUGGAGCUGCAAGACCAUAACCGGCGGGUUGGCCUCGGCUAUCGGCGCUGUGUCGUCUUGAUCAUCGUCCUUCGCAAGGCGGUUUCGAGGUUUCGGAAGCAGGAAGCGUCACCAUAG